GAAUCUUUUCCAAAGUUAAUAUAUUAGAACAAGAUUUUGCAGAAGCAUAAUGAAGUUCUUAGCUAUGGAGGAAGCAAGAAGUGUGAAAGUUGUUGAAGUUUGCAGUGUGGCACCAUCAGAGGCAGCAGCAACAACCAAUUGCUCCACUCCGACAUCUUUGUCUCUAACAUUCUUUGACCUACUAUGGUUAAGGAGUCCCCCAGUCGAACGUGUUUUCUUCUAUGAACUUCCCAACACAACCAUCUCCUUCUUUGACACCAUUCUUCCCAAUCUCAAACACUCUCUUUCUCUCACACUCCAACACUUUCUUCCUCUUGCUGGCACCAUCACAUGGCCCCUUGAAUCUCCACACCCCAUCAUCAACUAUGUCCCAGGCAAUGCCGUUUCCUUCACCAUAGCUGAAUCCACCACUGAUUUCAACAUGCUUUGUUCCAAUACCUGUCAGGCUUCUCUUCUCCAUCAUCUGAUACCCCACUUGCCCACUUCCGAUGAACAAGCAUCUGUGAUGGCCCUCCAGGUUACCCUUUUUCCUGGUUCUGGUUUUUCCAUCGGAAUAGCCACACACCAUGCAGCCACGGAUGGGAAAGCCACGACUUUGUUUCUCAAAGCAUGGGCCUAUGUUUGCUCCAAUAACUUCACAGAAUCAUCUUUUUCGUCGUUGCCAAAACACCUCACGCCAUUCUAUGACAGGUCAACGAUAAACGACACCGAAGGAAUCGGUGCGAGGUGUUUGAAGAAUUGGUUGAACAUCGGUGGACCAAACAAUAGGAGCAUGAAGGUGUGGGAUCUUGGAGGUGUAAAUGCAAUGUCAGCCGAAUCAGUCAGAGGGUCGUUCGAGUUAACCUCUUCAAACAUCCGACAACUGAAGCAACAUGCAAAAUCUAAGCUCGGUGAGAAUGCUCAUGUGUCAACAUAUUUGGUUGCGUGUGCUUAUGUGUUGCAGUGUUUGGUGAAGGCAGAACAACCUAAGACUGAUGGAGUGGCCUUUUUGUUCAGUGUGGACUGUAGGACUCGUAUGAAGACACCCAUUUCCUCCACGUAUUUUGGAAACUGUAUCAUUGGUCAUAAGGUUAUGGACGGAACAAGGAAAUUGUUAGGAGAUGAUGGUUUCCUCAAUGGUGUUGAAGGGAUGAAUGAAGCUUUGAAGAAGUUGGAGGAUGGGGUGUUUAGUGAGGCAGUGAAUAUGUCUACAAUUAUGAAAAUUGCGAGGGAUAAUCGAAUACUUACAACUGCAGGAUCACCACGAUUUGAGGUAUAUAGUAUUGAUUUUGGAUGGGGAAGGCCAAUGAAGGUGGAUAUGACAUCCAUAGGCAAAACUGGAGCAUUCUGUCUUUCUGAAAGUAGGAAUGAGAAUGGAGGAAUUGAGAUUAGUUUGGUGUUGAAGAAGCAAGAAAUGGAAACUUUCGUUGCUCAUUUUAAUCAAGGUCUUCAAUCCCUUUAAUGUUGUACAAUUUUCAAGUAUGCUCUUGU